UUAAAAACAGAACUUUGGAACCGCAAAAGGCUCUCCGAGAUUUAAAGGCCCAGGGAGCUCAAGAUAAAUAUCCAUUUCUCUUUCUUGAGAAAAUCCUCUGGUUGUAAGGUCUCCUGUGCACAGCCCUCACCGUAGGCCAGCUCAAGCCAAAGGAAGAGUGGACAUGUGUACCCCGACAAAUCUUUCAGUGGUGAUGGUGCUACUACUGUCCUACCUCCUCGGCCUUGUUUCCUCUGCUGACGUGGACAAGGCCCUCACUCAGGAUGCCAGCAGUGCUGGGAGUCAAGGCCUGCUAGAAGUCCUAAGGGGCCUCUCUGUUGGUGCCAACCAGUCCCUCAACCAUCCACGAAGCCUCAUCAAAAUUCUGCUUGAGAAGACUGGGUGUCCACAGAGGACAAAUGGAAAACAACGAGUCUGCAAGAUGUGCUUGGAGCUGGAUGCACUGUUACUCACGGCUGGAGGAGAUUUCGAGGAUGAGCUUAGAGAGGAAGAGGUCCAGAGAGUUUCUCUCCUCCUCCUCUAUUUCAUCGUUCACCAGGAAGAGAUCUGUUCGUCAAAGUUCAACAUGAGCAACAGAGAGUAUGCAUUUUACCUGCAUAGCCUCCUGGGCCUCCGGCAGAAUGAAGACUCCCAUUUCCUUUCACAGAAGGAAACUGAUGACAUCUUGGCGCUCACCAGGAAAUAUUUUGGCACUUCUGGUGGCCAGUGUAUGGACACUAACACUCUACGGAGGCAAUCUGGCAUUCAGGGCAGCGAUGGCGCUGAUGAAAAGACACUUCCCCAGCUGGCUGCAGCCAUCCUUGCCCUGUCACUCCAAGGAGUUUGCCUGGGGAGAAGAGACUUGCCUUCCCCAGAUGACCUCACGGACUAUAUUUUCAGUUUCUUGAAUAGGACCAGUUCCCUCCACCUAUCUGAACUAGAACAACUCCUCAACACACUCUCAACCAGAAGGGCCUGUGCCAAAAAGGAUGCCCUCCAUCAACACCAAAGGAAAGAAAACAUGACAAUACACAGUUGGGGAGAUCCUAAGACAUCUAUAGCAAUGGAGAAAGAGUCUGAUGACCGUUCUGUUUCCUGGGAUCAGGCUUGCUUCUCUGCUAGGCAGCUGGUGGAGAUAUUUCUACAGAACCAUAGUAGUCCAUCGAUUUCUAAGGAGGACUUUAAGCAGCUGAGUCCAGGGAUUGUCCAGCAACUACUCAGCUGCUCUUGCCAAACGCCCAAGGACCAGCAAGAAAAGCCCCCACCCACCACUCUGGAGAAAUAUGGCUACAGCACGGUGGCUGUGACGAUCCUGACAUUGGGCUCGAUGCUUGGGACGGCGCUGGUCCUUUUUCACAGCUGCGAGGAGAACUACGGCCUUGUUUUACAGCUGUUCGUGGGCUUGGCUGUGGGCACCCUCUCUGGGGAUGCCCUGCUCCACCUCAUUCCUCAGGCCAGCUCCUUCAGGAUGGUGAGGAACAUGAUAAGACCAGUGGAUUCCAUGAUCCUGGGCUCAUCAUCGCCUUUCUCUGUGUGUCAAGUUCUUGGUUUACAUAAGAAGGAAGCCCUGGAUAUUGGACAUUUCCAUGAAAGCCAAGGUCCUAUUUGGAAACUGUUGGGACUGCUUGGAGGCAUCCAUGGGUUUUUCUUGAUAGAAAAAUGUUUUCUCCUCCUCGUGUCACCAAAUACCAAGGGCCUGCCAUUGGUUAAUGGACAUGUGGGACAUGCCCACCAUCUUGCACUCAACCCUGAAUUAAAUGACCAGUCAAGUGGAGGCAAGUCUAUUUCGACCAUCCAGCUGAAAGGCCCAGAAGAUUCACAGACAGCUGAGCUACCCAUUGGCGACGUGCCAACCACCAACAGAAAAUGCAAAACUGUCAGCUUAUUGGCAAUCAUGAUACUGGUUGGGGACAGCCUGCACAAUUUUGCAGAUGGCCUAGUAAUAGGGACAGCCUUCUCCUCUUCAUUGGAGUCGGGAGUAACCACAACAAUUGCUAUUUUGUGCCAUGAAAUUCCACAUGAAAUGGGAGACUUUGCUGUACUCUUAAGCUCGGGACUCUCCAUCAGGACUGCCAUCCUAAUGAACUUUCUAAGUGCCCUGACCGCCUUCAUAGGACUGUACAUUGGUCUCUCCGUGUCUGCUGAUCCAUGUGUCCAAGACUGGAUCUUAACAGUGACUGCUGGAAUGUUCUUAUAUUUAUCCUUGGUGGAGAUGCUUCCUGAAAUGACUCAUGUUCAAACACAACGACCCUGGAUGACGUUUCUCCUGCAGAACGUUGGAUUGAUCCUAGGCUGGCUUUCUCUUUUGCUCUUAGCUGCAUAUGAACAGAACAUUAGAAUAUAAGUUAAGCUGCUUCAAUGUCUUCCAAAAUUAUAUCUCAUUUCUUAUGUGGUCUCUAUGAUGAUUACUAAAUUCAGUAUUUUUAUUUUAGGCAAAGAAUGUAUUUUAUCUUAACUUAUUAAUCACAUAUUGUAAUAUUUUUAGAAAUGUAUAAAGGUAAAUCUGUCUUGCACUGAAUUGUUUACAUGUGUUUCUGACCCUGUAAUGAACCAUAGUAAUGGUCAGUGUUGUUUGUAAAUUCUGAAUUCUAGUCAACUGUAAAAAACGUUAUUUCCCUAAAAAGAGUGUUUAUUUGUUGCAUUUGAAACAGACAGGUGCCUGUUGGUAUAAAACUCAGCUGCAACAGUUUUGUGGGUUUUUAUGUUAGCAAUACAUUUGUUUUCUAUGUAAUCUAUAAACCAUAAGCAAAUAGGAUAAUAGAAGUAUAAUAAAGGCUAGUUUGAAAGUGGUGGUUUCAAGCACCUUCUGUUACUUUAUAUACAGAUCCUCUCUUCCAAGCUGGUAUAGCCUGGUCACCUGGAAGAAUCAAGCCCUGCUUUAGCACUAUAUAUGAAUAAACAACUUGAGAACUCCAAAAGAUAUGUCAGAGUAUCUGUUUAUCCCUCUGUAAAUGUCAGCAUGUUUGUCCUAGGCAAGAAGAAGUAAGGUAACAAAGAAUCAGGCAGGAAUCUAAUGACUCAGCUCUCAUAGAUUAUAUAACAGGCUCUGCCUCUGUCUCUCUGUCUGUCUCUCUCUGUCUCUAUUUUCUCUCUCUCUCUCUCUCUCUCUCUCUCUCUCUCUCUCUCUCUCUCUCUGUGUGUGUGUGUGUGUGUGUAUGAUCUUACUAAUAAGGUAUGUUUGCAUUAUUUCUGGGCUCACUUUAAAUGGGAAAUCAGCAAGUGAAUUCAUAAACAAGGAAUAUUACUGGUAACCUAGAAUCUUAUUAAAAGAGAAAACAGCCCCAGCUUUAAUCAUUCUGUCUUUGGAACAUGGAUGCCUACUAUUUUUCUUCGUUUUUAAUGAUGGGCCCUGACAAGGGAAAGGUCAUUUGCUCUGACUGUGACUCACGGCACUCAGUUACGUAUCUCUCCCUCCUCUUACUUGCCAGCUGGUAAACGUUUUUCGUCAUGCCCCAACCCAAACAUAAUCUUUUAAAGUUACUUCGCUUUGAUCUCAAAAUGAAGUGGACCUCUCUAGCUCUUUUUUGUGCUUGCUUUGAGACUUUGGGCCCUGUGUAUGAGAACGCAGUGUACACCAGGAACAGCUAAAGCCUUAACUACAGAAAGAACAAAUGGCUGCUUUCAUCAGAACCUCUGACUCUGUGGGUCUGAGAGAGUCCUGAGAUCUUGACUGAGAACUUUAAGGUGUUGCUAAGGCAGCUGGCUGUGGCCAGACUCUGAAUGCCACUGAGGAAAGAAGUCAAUAGGCCUGGCUUUGAGAAAAAACAGAGCACAGGUCUGGGACCCAAGAGCCGUGUGCUUUUGACUAUGUUGGUUAACACUUCUGUACUUUGAUAUUUUUCCUGAGAGGAAAGUCGACUUGACACAUAGAGCUUCAGCCUUCUGAUUGUGGAGAGUAAGCUAAAAUGAACACACACUCCCUUUGUCCAGGCCAUCCUGGUAUAGAGGAUGCAUACAAGAAGUACCAGACACUAUCUGUGUGUGUGUUUUGAUGCUUAGGUUCUGGUUUGGACAUUUUGCCAUCAUUAAUGCUAACUUAAUUGGAAUAGCUCUGAUGAGUGACUGUGGCUCUGGUUCAAGGUUAGACAAGUCUUGGCUAAAUUAACAUUUGAGCUGUGCGCUGUGUACUCUAUAACCUUCAAAGCAGAGUGAUUUUGAUGCUAGUGGAGCUGGGAAUGGUGUGCAGAGGGGCUUGGAUGGAGCCAGCUCUCAGGACACAUUCUGAGUACUUUGCAAGCUUGUCACUAGUGUUCUCUGAUAGAAAGCAGAAACCUAGCCACUCAGAGGGCAAUGGAUAGUGGGACAGUAGCUUCUGAGGGCAUCUUUUUGGGUUCUCUUUUUCUCCCCUUCACCUUAUCAUUGAUUUGUUGAUAAUCAAAAUUGUGUUCCAGACAACAUAACUCCAGUAAUCUCAGCAGGGAGAUGACUAAGUGCAAAAAGGCACUUGCUACUUGAGCCUGAUAACCUGAAUUGGAUCCCAAAUUGCACAUGAAAGGCCAGAAAUGGUGGCAUGCAUCUGUAAUCUCAGCCCUGACACAGCAAGAUAGAAGACAGAGACAGGAGAACUGAUUUCGCAUUCAUGGGCCAUUCAACCUGGAGUGACAGACAAGUGAGACCUGCCUUCAAAGCAAAGUGGAAGAAAAACAAUUCCUAAAAUUUGUGUUCUGGUCUCCUUAUGUGUAGUGUGGCAACUGUGUACUAAUAGUCACUCUCACUUUUUAAUUUACUAAAAUGUUUCUAUUCCUCAAAAUUGAGUGAUAAUAAUAAAAAUAUGAUGACAAUUCUGUGUCCUCUGAAAAUGAACUGAAUCUAAAUUUGGGGUGGGCUGACAGUAGUUUCUCUUUAAGCUAAACUGUACUUUCCUUAAAAGCAGAUUUUUCAAUAAUGUUAGAGUGUCUGUUUCCUAGGACUCAAUUUAGGUUUCUGUUGUAAGUGUGCUGAGAGAUUCAUUUAUUUCUUCUUCCUCCUCCUUUUCUUCUUUUUUCUUAAAUCACUGAACUAGAUAUGUUGCUGGAGAAAACUCAGAGUGAACCAUGCAGUUUUCUUAUUUAAGCAUUUAUCAUCUACUGACAGGUCUGUUUUUAGAGACAGAGGAAUUGGCCCGUGGUGCUGUGAUGCUCUCUGGGAAAAAUGGCUUCAUCACUAUUGAAGGGUGAACAGUCCCAGAGUCUUAGGCAAAUGUCCCUGUGAACAAAGCCACUCCCAACUCCUCUGCCCUCUUCUGCCCUCUUGUAUCUCAAGACACAGCACAGUUGUUUCCUCUUUGAAGAUAAAGGUCAUGGUUACAGGAUGCCAAUUACGAAUGUUAUUUGGGGCUCUUCAGUUGAGUCACCAAGAAUUCAGGUGUCAAAGUUAGAUCUAGGUUCAAAUCUUAGCCAUACUAUGAUUUCCUUU